AGUUUUGUUGUCAAAGUCAGCUGUUAAAUGUUUUGCUACAACUUAUAAAAAUCUGGACGCCGAUAUUGAAGUCGUAAUUAUGUAAACAAAUGUUUAAUAAUGACUGUGAAUACUUUCGGUAACUUUAUUUUGUCUAAAUCGAAUUAAUAUGUCGACAAGAUUAUACUUUGAUAUCGAAGAGCAUCAGUGGCCAUUGGUUUAUGAUGAUAAAUACAAUGUAUCGUUUUGCGGAUUUGAAAGAUUCCAUAUAUUCGACGCAAAGAAAUGGCGUAACAUAGUUCAGUUUUUGAAAGAGGCCAAAUUUAUAAGUGCCGACUGUCUUGUGAAACCAAAAGAAGCCAAGGAAAAUGAUUUGAUUGUGGUUCAUACAAAGAAAUAUCUGAAAUCUUUAAAGUGGAGUGCCAAAGUUGCAAUGAUAGCCGAAGUACCUAUAGUUGCUUGUGUACCAAAUAUACUGGUGCAACAUGCUUAUUUGAAGCCUAUGAGGUUACAAACAGGUGGAUCUGUGUUAGCUGGUAAACUUGCUCUCGAGCGUGGGUGGGCAAUAAACAUUGGUGGUGGUUUUCAUCACUGCAGUGGUGAUAAGGGUGGAGGCUUUUGUCCGUAUGCAGAUAUCACUCUACUAAUAAAGUAUCUUGUAAUGUAUAGAAGUGUACAGAAUGCAAUGAUUGUGGAUUUGGAUGCUCAUCAGGGUAAUGGUUAUCAGCGCGACUUUCUUGGUGUCCCAGAAGUUUACAUAAUGGAUAUGUACAAUCGACAUAUUUAUCCCAAAGAUGAGGAAGCAAAGCGAGCAAUUCGGAGAAAAAUAGAGCUUGGCAACAAAGUCGAGGAUCUUGAGUAUAUGCUUAAGCUGAGAAAGAACUUAAAAGCGGCAUUAAACGAAUUUAAACCAGAUAUAUUGGUUUACAAUGCAGGCACGGACAUACUCGAUUCAGACCCCCUCGGUCACAUGAGAAUCAGUGAUAUUGGUAUAAUCAAAAGGGACGAAUUCGUCUUUGAGAUAUGCAAGUCGAAUCAGAUCCCAGUUGUGAUGCUGACGAGCGGAGGGUACAUCAGACGGACAGCGAGGAUCAUCGCGGACUCGAUAAUUAAUCUGAAGGCUAAGGGCCUUAUUGGUAAUGAACCUGUAUCCAAGAGUUGUGGCGAUUAAGAGUAUAAAACAGAUAUAGAAUAGUUCCAUAUGGGAAUUAAAGUAGUAUUUGAUUAAAGUCUUAUUAAAAGGUUUUUAGUAAAACAGUGUAAUAAGACUGUUUUUAUAAUUAUGGAAAUUAAUCUUUCGUAUAUUUAAAUAUCUCUAAUAUUAUUUUUUAAUCAAUAGUUAUGGAAUUUAAAAAAAAAAUUGUUCUGUGCACAAAGCCUUCAUUAAAUACAGAAUUUAAAAUUUUAUAGUUUUUAGCAUGGGCCUAAUUAUAAUUAAAUUAAAUUGUAUUCGAAUAUUUAUAUUUGCUUAUCAAUAAUAUACAAUAAGACCGUAGGAUAUAUUUCAAAAGUAUAAAAAAUUUGAAAUUUUAUUAAUCUUGAAAUUAGUACAAAUCAUAAUUGAAUAGAAAAAAGAAAUAGAUUUGAUAAUAAAUUUGAAGAUCAUUUCAAUUUAAAAAAGUUAAAAAAAUACGCGAGCAGUGUUGAGCGAUAAUUAUGUCUAACAAAUUUUGGGUUGUGCUGAAACGUUAAAUUAAAAAAACUUUAAGGAGUUAUUUUUGUACUUCAAUGAUUAUAUUUUUCGGUUUAUGAAGUAUGAAGUACAGCCAAAAUUAAGUCCCAAAACUUUUUUUUUGGGUUUUGUAAAUUAUGGAUGGAUAAUAUGCUGGGUACUGGCUAAUAAAGCAAAAUAUAUUAUUCAAUUAUUAGCUUUAGGUAGUAUUUUGAAUGUGAUAUAAAUGAUCUCAGUGUGCCAAACUAAAGCAAAUUUAAUUUGCAAUAUACAUUUCAUUAAAUUAAAUUGUAAUAUUCUUAAUAAAUAUUUAUCGUCUAUAA